AUGAAAUCUAUAAAUAAUAACUCUCAAGUAGAAACUGAUUUCGCCUCUGAAUUCAUUUCAGAAACAGAUUCAGAUGCUGAUUCUAAAUCCGAAUGUGGAAAGGAAACAGUAAUAAAGAAAGCGAGCAAUGAGGAAGAAAAGGAGGAGGAAAAUGAGGAUGAGGAGAAGGAAGAAGAAGAAGAAGAAGAAGAAGAGGUAGAAGAAGAGGUAGAAGAUGAGGAAGAAGAUGAGGAAGAAGAAGAGGGAGAAGAACCUGUAAUUAAAAUAGGGCUUUGGGAUUUCUGCCAAUGCGAUAUAGCGAGAUGUAGUGGAAGAAAACUUUUGAGGUUCAAUUAUGCAAGAAAGCUCCAAUAUAGCAGUAAUUAUGCGAGAAAGUGGCCCGGAAUUAUAUUAAGCCCCAGAGCAAAGAAGAAGAUUUCAAUGGAAGAUUUACCUUUAAUAUUGAAAGGAGGAGUAGGAGUAAUUGAUUGUUCUUGGAAUAAAAUUGACCAGGUGCCUUUUCAUAAGAUACAUAAUGGGAAUGAAAGACUUCUUCCAUUUCUAGUAGCAGCAAAUUCUACCCACUAUGGAAGACCUUACGAGCUUUCUUGUGCUGAGGCAAUCUCAGCUUGUCUGUUCUUUUUUGGAUUCCCAAAACAAGCUGAGAAGGUUCUUGGAAUCUUUAAAGGUGGACACCACUUUCUAGAACUUAACAAGGAAGCGUUUGAUCUCUAUAGAUCUAAAGGAAUAAAUAGCCAAUCAAUAAUUAAUGCUGAACAAGACUUUAUUGACAAGUAUAUGAGCAAGCAACAGCAAAAAGAGUCUAGAGACUAUGACUCUCUCUUUUCCUCUUCUUACGAAGAAGAUGAUGAUGAUGAUGAUGAGGAGGAGGAGGAGGAGGAGGAGGAGGAGGAGCUGAAUCUCUAA